CAAAUACAAAAGUUGCUUUAAAAUGUUUAAAUAAUUCACAAAAUUUCCUUGAUGAGUUUAUAAAUGAGGUUAAAGCAUAUACAAAUCAAAAAAUAGAUAAUAUUCUUAAAAUUUAUGGAAUAUCCCAAAAUACAAAUACAAAAGAGUAUAUAAUGGUUCUUGAAUAUGCAGAAGGAGAUUUUAAUAGUUAUUUAAAGGAUAAGUGUGAAGAUUUUGAUUGGUAUAAUGGAUUAAGUAUGUUAACUAUUGCUAUUGAAGGUCUUAAUAAAAUUCAUCAAAAACAAAUGGUUCACCGUGAUUUUCAUAUUGGAAAUAUAUUAAUUAGAAAAUUACAUGGUUAUAAGAGCAUAUCUAGUGCAUGUAUUUCUGAUAUGGGAUUAUGUAGAAAAAUUAAUGAUAUUAACGAAACAAGUAUUUAUGGAGUUAUGCCUUAUGUGGCUCCUGAAGUGUUAAAAGGAAAUCCUUAUACUCAAGCAGCAGAUAUAUACAGCUUUGGUAUGAUUAUGUAUGUCAUAGCAACUGGAAAGCAACCUUUUGCUAAUUGUGCCCAUGAUGAGGUUCUAGCAUUAAAUAUAUGCAAUGGAAAUAGACCUGAAAUAAAUGACAAAAUUGCACCAAAAUGUUAUAUUGACUUAAUGAAAAAAUGUUGGGAUUCAAAUCCAGAUAAUAGACCAAAUUCAAUUGAAUUAAAAGAAUCUAUUGACCUAUUUUACAAUUCAUUAUAUCGAUUAAAUCAACAUUUUGAAAUAUCUAUUGAAAAGGAACAAUUAGUAGAUCGUGAAAUUGAAAAGCAAUUUAAUAAGACACAAGAAUAUAGAAAAGAAAAUUUUUUAUCAAUAAAAAAUAACCAAUUAACUUCUCAUACACAAGCUAUUUAUACAUCUCGAUUACUUAAUUCUUUUACAAAAGAUCUUCCAAAAUAUGAAGAUAAUUUUAAUAGUAAUACAGUAGAAAUUACUGAUUUUACAAAGUAA